AUGUCAAACACCCAUAAACAUACCGAAACCAGCGCGAAAGCGUUGGUGCAGAUUGAUCCAUCGGCACCUGGCACAAUUGUCCGAGUCGCAUUUGCGGCUGAAUCGGUAAUCAACCUCUUCCUGGCCACUCGAAUGAUAUUCAACCCGAAGCAAGCCUUCGAACAGAUGUACUUGACCGAUGGGAAGUCCGCGGCUCCUCACGCUGCCUCUGUCCUCCAACUGUUCGGCCUGAACCUCGUCGCCAUGACGGUCCCGAUGGUGCUCGCGCUCCCGAAUAAACCUGGGGCGAUAGAGCUAAAGCGGACUUCGUACCAGAUGAUAGCCGCGUUUGAGGCUUUGGCACUCCCGAUCACGCUUUGGCAGGCGUGGAUCGCGGGGGAGGAGGCUAGCGGGCUUAAUCCUAAUAAGUUGAUCUGGGGCUUUGCGCUGCCGAUGGGGGCCCUGUUGGGGUUUAGGGCCUGGGUGUUUUUCAUUGAGGUUCGCGCCGAGGCCGAGAUCCUAGCUUGCCUCCACCCUUUUGGGUCCGAAUACGAGGUUCCAAAGGAUAGAAACCCUGAACGCAUAGCUGGAACCUGCGAGUGGUUCAUCAAUCACGAGCGAUUUCAACACUGGCAAGGGACAGAAUGCUCCUCGUUACUCUGGGUUUCAGCGGAUCCAGGAUGUGGCAAGUCAGUCUUAGCCAAAUAUCUGGUGGAUAGCCUUUUCUCGGGAAGUAAUAGCACAACCUGCUUUUUCUUCUUCAAGGAUGCGCUUCAGGGCCAGAGCGAAGUCACAGACGCACUGCGUUGCCUCCUCUACCAGAUCUUUCACCAACAGCCUACCCUCCUUUCGAAUGACGUUGCAUUAUGCCGGGAUCUGGACGCCCUGGACGAAUGCGAGGAGAGAGGCAGAAUUCAACUUCUAGAAGCUUUAAAUAAGCUCUACAACACCGAGUCACCCAAGUUCUCCUUGAAAAUUCUCGUGACCAGUCGACCAUAUGCUCUCAUCCAUCAGGAGCUGCAGACUCUCGAAGAACGUCACCCUACUAUCCAUUUGAGCGGCGAAGACCAAGUGGAACAAAUCUCUAGAGAGAUUGAUAUUAGCAUCCGCGCGCGAUUGAAAGAUAUCACAAGAAUACAUCGACUGACAGAGGAAGAAGAGUCAACUUUGAUGGAUGAACUUACAAAGCCACAAAAUCGAACAUAUCUUUGGGUUCACCUUAUGUUCGAGGAACUAAAAAGGGCCACGAUUCUCACCAAGCGCGAUCUCAUUACAUGUGCUCACAACCUUCCCAAAACAGUUGAAGAGGAAUACAAUUUGAUACUAGACAGAAGCAAAGGCAUUGAAAAGACCAAGAAGAUAUUGCAUAUCAUUGUUGCGGCGCAAAGAGCCAUGUCUCUUCAAGACUAUAUCACCUUGUAUCAUCAACCGCAUCAAGGCCUUCAGCCACACCAGAGCCCUCGAUCCCACCAAGAACUUCAACCGCUCGAUGCACAAAGAAUCAAGCAGAAUAUCAGAGAAGCGUGUGGGCUAUUUGUCGUUAUUAAAGACUCGAAGGUCUAUUUGCUACAUCAGACUGCUAGAGAAUUUCUUGUCAAACCAUUAUCUUCGGCGCCUGUGGAUGAUAAUCAGCCAUGGCAUCACUACCUGUGUCCGAUGGACUCUAACAGGAUCCUUGCGGAGAUCUGCAUCUGGUACCUUCUCUUGGUUGAUUUUCAGAAGAUAUAUAUGACUCCUGAUUUUGAACAAGCAAAUGACCAAUAUCCAUUACUACAUUAUGCCUCGAGUAACUGGGUUGUUCAUUUUCAACAGAUACGAAUGAAGAGGUGCGACAGGUUAAUUUCUUCUGCCUUGAAACUCUGCUCUCCCUUCCAGAAGGGAAAUCCUAUUUGGUUCGAAAUAUACUGGAAAGAAAACCAACAGAAGAAAGGACGUCGUGUCCCUCCGUCAGGUUUUGAUGCUUUGAUGAUGGCAUCGUAUUUCGGCCUGGAGAGAGUGGUCGAGGAGUUGCUUGCUGUGAAAUCCCCGUUGUCAAACGCCCUUGUCUACGGCUAUCCUGAAAUUGCCGGUCAACUGAUAAAGAAAGGAGCCAAGAUUGAAGUCAAGGAUAAUUAUCAGAGGACACCUCUAGCACUUGCUGCUCGUUGGGGCUACAGAGAUAUCACCCAGCUCUUAUUAGAGAAGGGAGCUGAUAUUAAAACUAGGGAUAAGGAUCAGAUGACACCGCUAGCACUUGCUGCUGCUUAUGGCUAUAUUGGACAGAAUACGGAUACAAUUCAGCUCUUGCUAGAGAAGGGGGCGGAUAUUAAGGCCAGGGAUAAGGAUCAGAUGACACCACUAGAAGUUGCGACCGCUUUGGGCCAUAGAGAUAUGAUCCAACUGCUGUUGGACAAGGGGAUAUGA